GAAACUGAAAAAGCAAGAGUAGAAAAGGCCCAAGGUUUUCUUUGUAGUGCAAGUUUAUGAACUAAAUGGAUUCCCAAAAUAAUAAAAUGGCUGUCACGGAGGAAGCCUUUCCAUUAGUCCGCAAAGAAUGUGGAAAAAGAGGACGGAAGCCUGGAAGAAAAACAUCGACCGAAAAAAUAGAUCUAAAGGCAAAGCUUGAACGUAGCAGGCAAAGUGCUAGGGAAUGCCGGGCCCGUAAAAAACUACGCUAUCAGUACCUUGAGGAGUUGGUUGCAGAUCGUGAAAAAGCUGUCGUUGCACUGCGGGCUGAACUGGAGCGUUACAUACUUUGGAGUAGACAAUUAAAUGAAAAUGUCUAUAAAACCAACACAGACCAGUUCCUGAAAGAAAUCGGAAUUAUUAAAGAAGAAUAAGUCAUUUAAAUCUAUAAUUAUAACUAUAAAAAAAUGCAGAACCAUAUUUUUCUGUCUUAGAUUAAGUACACGUUUUCCGAUUAUACGCCCUUGCAGGGUAUUAUCAAAA